AUGACUGUUUCUCUCCCUCUCCACUCUCAUUUGCGUCAGUUCCCAGAAUCUGAGUGCAUUGACAAGAAGUGUAUGCCAGUGACUGACAGCAUAUUUGGCCCAGGGUUAGUGGGUGGAAAGAAGUUAGGGGAUGUGUGUGACUCCAACCCAUGUAAAAAUGGUGGCAUCUGUUUGUCCGGGUUGGCUGAUGAUUUUUAUACUUGCGAAUGUCCUGAAGGCUUCACAGACCUCAAUUGUUCUAGUGUUGUGGAGGUUGCUUCAGAUGAAGAGGAACCAACUUCCACAGGACCCUGCCUUCCUAAUCCCUGUCAUAAUGGUGGCACAUGUGAAAUUAGUGAAGCAUAUCGAGGAGACACAUUCAUUGGAUAUGUUUGUAAAUGUCCAGAAGGAUUUAAUGGGAUUCACUGCCAACACAAUGUAAAUGAAUGUGAAGCUGAACCCUGUAAGAAUGGUGGAAUUUGUACAGAUCUUGUUGCCAAUUAUUCCUGUGAGUGUCCUGGUGAAUUUAUGGGAAGAAACUGCCAAUAUAGAUGUUCUGGCCCACUGGGAAUAGAAGGAGGAAUUGUAUCAAACCAACAAAUCACUGCAUCAUCCACACAUCGAGCUCUUUUUGGGCUCCAGAAGUGGUAUCCGUACUAUGCAAGACUUAAUAAGAAGGGUCUUGUGAAUGCUUGGACUGCUGCAGAAAAUGACAGAUGGCCAUGGAUACAGAUAAACCUGCAAAGGAAGAUGAGAGUCACUGGAGUUAUAACCCAAGGUGCUAAGAGGAUUGGAAGCCCAGAAUAUAUAAAAUCUUACAAAAUUGCAUAUAGUAAUGAUGGGAAAUCAUGGAUGACUUACAAAGUAAAAGGCACCAAUGAAGAUAUGGUGUUCCGUGGAAAUGUGGACAACAAUACCCCCUAUGCCAACUCAUUCACCCCUCCAAUCAAAUCACAGUACAUACGACUGUAUCCCCAGGUAUGCAGAAGACACUGUACUUUAAGAAUGGAACUUCUUGGCUGUGAAUUAUCAGGUUGCUCUGAACCUCUUGGGAUGAAAUCAGGAAAUAUACAGGACUUCCAGAUUUCGGCCUCAAGUAUCUUCAGAACGCUCAAUAUGGACAUGUUCACUUGGGAACCUAGAAAAGCUCGAUUAGACAAGCAAGGCAAAGUGAAUGCCUGGACUUCAGGUCAUAAUGAUCAGUCACAGUGGUUACAGGUUGACCUCCUUGUUCCUACGAAAGUGACUGGCAUAAUUACACAAGGAGCUAAAGAUUUUGGUCAUGUACAGUUUGUGGGUUCUUAUAAACUUGCGUACAGUAAUGAUGGGGAUCACUGGACCAUAUACCAAGACGAAAAACAAAAAAAGGAUAAGGUUUUCCAGGGAAAUUUUGACAAUGACACACACAGAAAGAAUGUGAUUGACCCUCCAAUCUAUGCACGGCACAUAAGGAUUCUCCCUUGGUCAUGGUAUGGUAGGAUCACUUUACGGUCAGAGCUGUUGGGCUGCACAGAAGAGAACUGAAAAGGAUCUUCGCUAAAAACACACCUCUAUAUUCUUAAAAGUAUCUCCGUAGAAGAAACUGUGCAAAACCUGUAUGAAGUUGAAUGGGUUUUUUCAUGAACAAGUGCUCACUUUAUGGUAGGCCGCUAACUGUCUUUUGUAAGGAGGUCUAAGCCUGCCCUUUAAAUGAUCCAAUCCAAUUUUGUCCUUUAAAUCCGUUACAGUAUUGUCCCUCUCGCUGUGGAAUUACCUUUCUAGUUUUCUUCUAAGUUGUUCACGCUGGUUGAAAUGUGUUAGGAAAGAACAGCAGCAUCCUUUUUACAAGGAAGGAGAAUCAGCAUGACAAAGCUCAUUUGCAGCUUUAGAAAAAUUGGGCUGACACACACUUUGCAAAUCACACUCAUCUUACUUGUAAAAAGUGAUACUGCAGCUUUUAGCAAUAAGUUUUCUCUGGGAUGACUGCGUUAUAUUGUUUCCCUUGUGCCUAUCAAACACUGUCAAUAUUUCUGACACACAUUUUGAAGAUACUCUGUGGUGCAAAGCACUUGUGAUAUUACACAUCAUCUUUCAUUAUAUUUAUUUAAACUGCAGAGUUCUUGCAAAUAAGAAUCACUUCCACCCAGUUUUACUUUGUUCUUACUUUGUUAUGCAUGUGAUGGCCAUAGCCUCUCUUUUCUAUAUUUAAUCUCAUUGUUAACAAAGUCUUCUCUAAAAGAGGUGUCCUAUUUGUAUAUGGAACAAAAUCUGCUAUCAGUAUAUUAUGAAGUUAAUGAGUGUGUCAAAUCAAACUGUAUGAAUUUGGUUUGCAACUAUAUUUGUCACAGAGUCUGAUCAUACAUACUGUAAAUCCAGUUUGACCUAAAUUCUUUUUGAGUGGAUACAGGCACAUAUUUAUGCUGCAAAAACAGCAUUAAUAUGACCACAUAUUCGGCCUUGCCCAGAAAUGGACAUACAGUCCUCACAGACCUGCCCACAAGAUUACUUUUGCCUGAUGCCUUCAUAGUCUCCAAGAGGGAAGGUGCAUGUGGGGUCAGAUAGUAGGUGCUAAAGCAUAUAAAUUACACACUCCAAACCCAGACACAUACAUCCCAGUAGGCCCCGUCUGUGUUGCAGGCCAUAAAGUUCCUACAGAAGGUGAACUCAACAGGAGCCAAAGUGUGCAAAUGCAAGCAUCUUAAGAUCCUGCCUUGAUUAUAACUUUUUAGGUACAUAUCUAUUGAGCAAUAUGAGGCUUGAAUUUGGCCCUGUUUCUUGACUUGUAGACUAUUAACAGAAUAACUUCCUUUUUAGCCCCUCCAAACACACUACCUUGUUUUAACAACAUACAAACCAGAUUGUAUCAAUUGUGAGGCAGGAAUAUAAGGGCACAAGUGAUUAAUAGCUUCAUCCCUGCUGUGUGGAGGAACAAAAUUAAGAGAAACUACAUGAGGGGAAACUGUUCAGCUUGGGAGGAACUGGAAUGUGUCAGACAUAUAGGGCAUGGAUUCACUGAUACCAGAGAGCUACAUGAACACAGAGUGGUGGAUGUUAGGAGCAACAUCCUCCCUAGGAUGUAGGAUGUAGCUGGAAGUAGUCCUGUGACAUGGGAGUUACGGCUUCUACAUUAGUAUUAUCAGUUUUCCAAUGACACAUCUCUUUUGCAGUGUGAGGUAGUGUAAUUUUAGUGGAUAGGGCAUAAAACUGGGAAUUGGGAGAUCCUCCUCCAUUCCCACCUCUGUUACUUACUUGUUUUGUGCCCUUGGGCAGGUUACUUUACCUCAGUGCCUCAGUUUCUCUAUUUGUCAAAUAGGGAAUAAUGGUAUCCACUUUUUUAAAGUAUUUUGAGUUUCACAAACAAAAAGUUCUAUAUGAGAGAUUGUUGUUUUACUGCCUUCUUCUCAAAUUGUGGGGAUAAAAGGUAGGGACCCUUCUAUUUAUUUAAAAUAAUGUUAUCUGAAAUAUCAGAUUAUUAGUCGUAGUUUAAUUUCAUAACAUGCUGAUGUAGAUAUGUAGUAUUCCAUGUUCCACUGUGUUUGUCACCAUUACAUUCUCCUUGACUCUCAAGCAUUGCAUUCUGAACCUGAGCCCUGCUUCCCAGAUAAAUAAGUUGCCUCUAAUCUACAAAGCAAAAGCUUAUUUUUUAAAAUGUUUGAAUUUCAAAAUGUGUAUGAUCUCACAUUAUCCACAUAGAGAAAAUAUCCAUUUUGCUUUAAAAGACCUGAAAAUAGUGACUGGAAAUUUUCAAAACGGUUUGUUAUUGAUUACUAGAGGUCUUCUCUAGGGUUAAUCUCAAAUUACUUGAACUAGUAAAGAAGAACAAAACAAGAAAAACCCCUGCCACUAUAAAAUGAUUUAACCCUUAAGCUAUAUUUAUACAAGUAUUUAUUUUAUAAGGCUUAGACAUGGAUUUUCAAAGACUUUUAAUUAAGAGUCUAUAAAGGUAAAAGAAAGUAUGUGUAAGAAAUGUUGAGGUCCUGUGCAACACUGCUAAGUUAUUUUGUCUUUCUUUUUUUUUUUAUUUGUGCUGCAUAACAAAAGCCACUAGACUGUUAAUGUCUUGUCUGUAACUGUGUUAACAGCAUUCCUUAACAAUGUAUAUAUGAAGUGGUCUUCAAUCGUAGUGAACAAUUUUAAAGAGAAAGUCAAUCAUAAUGGCAUUUUUAAAGAGGAAAAACUAUUGGAGUAAAGGGGAACUGAUGUAUUCCUUAAAUUACACACUGCCCAUGUUUUGCACCUUAGGCUCUUCACAGAAAGAAAGUUGAGUAGUAAUGUUUGGAUUUUUCCUGUAGGUGAUAUGUAAAAGGGUCUAAAUCCAGCUUCCUAUUUUGUGAAAAAAAAAAUCCCCUGCAUUUCACUGCAGGUAUUAAAUAAAAAGCACGCAGACACCACCACAAGCUGCCUGUGCUCACAAAAUCGGAGGCCGCUUCAGAAAAUUAGGCCCUCUAGGUCAGCAAUUUGCUUUAAUGUUGUUUUUCUAAUUUAGUUUAUAUGUUCAUGAGUAAUUGUUUCUGUUUACUGGUACUUUAAUUUAAUACUUUUUAAAAUUCUGAGUCCUGGCUUACUGAUAAUUUUUCAUGUUCAUUUGCACGUAAAAAAUAGCAUCAUUAUGCAAUGGGCUAUCAUAAUUUUCUCAUCUAUAUUUUACAAAGUUAAAUAUUUCUAUCUGUUCAUUUUUGUCAGUCUUCAUCAGUUCAUUCUUCAGAGCCUGAAGAGAAAGUUCCAAAUGCAGUAUUGUUAUAAUGCCCUGUGAUACUAUAUGAUGCCUUUACAUUUUCAAAAGAUUCACUGGGGAUUUUUCUAGUGACAUCAUUCAGUGUUUAGUUGCCAGAUCACUUUCUUUAAACUGAAUUGUGUAACUGUAGUGCCAAAUUCUGCUCCAAGUGGCAGCCAUAUAAAUCUAAAAUAAAUCCAUUGAAUUCCAUGGAAUUACUUCAGAUUUAAGAUAGCAGCUGAGAGCUUGCUUCGACCCAUCACCAUCAUUGUUCCUCUUUUUUUUUUACCCCUUUGUAAGCAUUAAACUCAUUGUCCUUAGGCGUAUUCUAAACAAGUCCAUCCAUUAAAAGCAACAGGAAUUCCACACACACAGAAAGUGUAGAAUAUGUCCCUUUUAAGAAAGGUUGGGAAAACAUUCUGAAAUAAUCUUUAACUUUUGUAUUAAUUGUAACAAUGACAUUGAAAUGGAGUGACAAUGUUCUCCUAAUUAAAUUUCACCCUGAACCAGUUAAAUAUUUGUAGGCAGACUUCACCUUUCUAUGGCUCUAUAAUGUGCUACUUUUAUAGCCUAAGAAAUAAAACAAAGGCACAAGGCUUAGUUUUAGCUAUAUUCUAUUAAGGGCUUAUCACAUUAACUGGUUCUGAUUUUUAGGUUGACUUUCUCUUUCGGAAUGACUGCAUACAAAUUAGUGUGAGUUUUGAAGACUAAGGAUACUAAUGAGUGUAUCUUUGCUAUACAACAACUAUGAAAUAUAAUAUUCAGUGCUGGCUUCUGAUGUGUCAGUAAGUACAGAAGUAUCUCAGACACAAUGACCUUUGCAACCUUUCAAGCUGUGUAAUAUUCAAAUGUUUUUGUAUAUACUUAAAUCAUGUAGAAUGAUGUAAAACCAGUAUGACCUUGUCUAGUCUUCAAACUUACCAAUAAAACUUUUGAAAAAUGAG